GGAUUGCGAUCAUAGGUUACCUUAUAAAUGGCUAGAAACAAAAAGAGUCUAGGAUAAACACAUGUCAUGCGCAGCUUCCAGAACGCCUGUUACUUUAGAACCCAAACCCACACAUGGGGGGGUGGAUAUGGGGUGCCAUCCAUGGGCAUCGUCCGACCCUCCAUGAUACAAGAAACUUUCUUUCUCUUCAACCACUGGCUCCCUAUUCCAAUUAUCUCGUCAAAAUACAUCUCAUCUCCACUCAAGUUGUGAGUUCACCCUCUCUCCGAAAUGUCCCACCGGCAUUCGGUUCACUCGCCCGCUUAAACCCAUUGCUACCGUAGAUCCUGCGGUUCCAGUUAUCCUUCCUAUCCCCUCCGCUUCUUCCUUCAAUCCAUUUCGCCGCCCCUGUUACUCAAGUCUUGGCCCAAAUUGCAGAUGAUUCAGAGAACCGCACUCCGUUCGGCCCUUGCCACCGCCCGGGCUCCCCACCUUCUGGCUCGCCGCGGGUUGCAUGCCACUCCCGCUCGCCUUGGCGGCUACCACUACCCCGAGGGACCUAGGAGCAAUCUCCCUUUCAACCCUCAUACUCGCUUCUUCCACCUGCGUUUCAUCGCAUUCUGCAGUUCGUCUCACUUGAUCGAAUGAGAAAGAUUCUGUAGGGUUGCUAACAUGGUUGGGGUAGCCGUUGGAUUUGGCUUCCCUUUCAUGAUUGCCAUCUGGCAGACUUCGAAGAACAAGGAAUAAGUUUCGGUAACCUUGGUUUGCUGAAGCAGCCUUUGCGGUGGAAUUGGGGGCUAUUUCGGGUGAAGGUGUGGCUGUAUGUGGUUAGAGUUAUAGAAUUCAAGUUCUAUGAAACCUCG